UUUUCCUUCUUGGACAUCUGUGGCGGAGCUUCCAGUAGUAGUGAGGGAGAGAGGGGUCCCGGCGCAGUCUCCUCACACUUGUACUCUGCACAGGGACAGGCUCCGAGCAGCAGCGAUCCUCUGCUCCGUUCAUUUAGGUGGUAACGACUGAUUGAUGCACUGCUGACGAUAUAAAGGGCUAAACAUGAAGAUAGGGCUGUCACUAGCCACAGCUGCCUUAUUUGCAGCUUUGCUCUCCUCCAUAGAUGCUCAAGUGGAACCCCCAUCAAACAUGAAAUUUAAAAUUCUAAAUGAGAACACAGUGGAAAUGACAUGGAAAAGACCCUCAUCCACAAUAGAGGGCUUUAGAAUACAAGUCGUAUCAGAUGCAGAUGAGCCAGUCCGAGAUUUUAACCUUGAUGCAGAUACCACUAUAACCUCCCUUACAAACCUGACCCCUGAUUUGGAUUACUCAGUGUCCAUAAACUCCUUUUAUGGGUCAGAAGAAAGCAUACCAAUCUUUGGCCAAGUCACCAUCCAGUCCAGUAACACCAGUGAUCGUGCCAAAAAGCCACAGACUGAUGCCUUGAAGUGCUCUGUCAGUGCCAUAGCGGACUUAGUGUUUUUGGUGGAUGGUUCCUGGAGUGUGGGUAGGGAGAACUUUCAGCACAUUCGUAGUUUUAUUGGAGCCCUGGCUGGAGCUUUUGACAUCGGAGCAGACAAGACACGCGUCGCUGUGGUCCAGUACAGCACAGACACCCGCACAGAGUUCACCCUGACUCAGUACACCAGAAGAGGGGAUUUGCUCCAAGCCAUAAGCUCCCUACCAUACAAGGGGGGAAACACAAUGACAGGUGAGGCCAUUGAAUACCUGCUCAACAACAUUUUCACUGAGGCAGCUGGAUCGCGAGAUAGCUUCCCUAAAGUAGCCAUGAUCAUAACCGACGGAAAGUCCCAGGACCCAGUGGAGGAGCAUGCUAGAAGACUUAGGAACAUUGGAGUGGAAAUAUUUGUCCUAGGCAUCAAAGGAGCAGAUGAGGAUGAGCUGAGGGAAAUGGCUUCCACACCUCACAAUAAACAUGUGUACAAUGUGCCGAACUUCAACCAGAUCCAAGACGUGCAGAAGAAAAUCAUCUCUGAGGUGUGCUCUGGAGUGGAUGAGCAGCUCACCGCUCUGGUCAGUGGAGAAGAACUUGUUGAGCCACCCACCAACCUGCUGGUGACAGAAAUUGCAUCCAAAUCGAUGCGAGUGACCUGGGAGGCAUCUCCAGGUGACAUAACAGGAUACAAGCUCACCCUGAUCCCCAUGGUGCCGGGGAUGAAGCGGCAGGAGCUGUACAUCAGCCACACACAGACAUCCAUCAAUGUGCGCGACCUCUCCCCCGAGACCGAUUAUGAGGUCAGCCUGUUUGCCCUCAAAGGUCUGACCCCCAGCGAACCCGUCAUCGCUAUGGAGAAGACUCAGCCUGUCAAAGUAUCAACCGAAUGUUCUCUUGGAGUGGAUGUCCAGGCUGACGUUGUCCUCCUCGUUGAUGGCUCGUACAGUAUUGGAUUACAAAACUUUGCCAAAGUUCGUGCCUUUUUGGAGGUUCUUGUCACGUCUUUUGACAUUGGACCAAGCAAAGUGCAGAUCAGCUUGGUGCAGUACAGUCGCGACCCUCACACUGAAUUUGCCCUCAACACUCACCAUGACCUCAGCGCUGUUGUAAAAGCUGUGCGCACCUUCCCUUACCGCGGAGGCUCCACCAACACUGGCAGAGCCAUGACCUAUGUCAGAGAGAAGAUCUUUGUCUCCUCCCGCGGAGCCAGGUCAAACGUUCCGCGCGUCAUGGUGCUGAUCACGGACGGAAAGUCUUCGGAUUCUUUUAAGGAUGCUGCCACCAAACUGAGGAAUACUGAUGUGGAAAUUUUUGCCGUGGGUGUUAAGGAUGCUGUUCGAUCCGAGCUGGAAGCCAUUGCAAAUCCCCCAUCGGACACUCAUGUCUACGAAGUGGAGGACUUUGAUGCUUUCCAGAGGAUUUCCAAAGAGCUGACUCAAUCCAUCUGUCUGCGUAUUGAACAGGAGCUGCUCAACAUCAUCAAGAAGAGUCUCCUCCCACCCACUGACUUGCAGUUCUCUGAAAUCACCUCCAGAAGUUUCCGUACCACCUGGAUAGCCCCGACAACCAACGUACUGUCCUACCUGCUGCGCUUCCGUAAGGCUGAAGACGUGACUGGGGACUAUGUUUCUAUGGCAGUGCCCAGUGGGACCACCUCGGCCGUUCUGCCCCAUCUUACUCCAGUCACUACUUAUGAAGUUCUAGUGUUUGCUCAGUAUGAAAAAGGAGACAGUAUUCCUUUGUCUGGAGAAGAAACAACAUUAGAAGAGCAAGGUACUGUUAGAAAUAUUCAAAUCACGGAAGAGACAACCAACAGUUUUAGGGUGUCCUGGGAGGCGGCCCCUGGUCCAGUCAUUAGGUACCGUAUUGCUUAUGUGCCAGUCAGAGGGGACUAUGCCUUGCAAAAUGCCCAAACCAGUGGACCAGAAACUACUAUUGUUCUCCAAGGACUAUUCCCUGCUACUACAUACCGCGUGGCUGUAGCUGCUGAGUAUGCUGGAGGUGUGGGAGAAGAAGUGAAGGAGCAGGGCACAACCAAAGAAGUGAGAGGUUCCCCUCGAAACCUGCGUGUGUUUGAUGAAACUAUAAAUACUAUGAAAGUGGCUUGGGAGGCAGCCCCCGGAAAUGUCCUUCAAUACCAGAUCGCGUACAAACCAGCCGAAGGUGGUGACAGGAGCGAAAUAUCUGUGAAAGGAGACACUACCCAGGCCAUGCUAAGGGACCUCACGCCCUCCACUGAGUACGAGCUGUUUGUUACGGCUGUUUACGCUUCAGGAGCUGGGGAUCCUCUACUGGGCACGGGAACCACCUUGGAAGAACUUGGCUCGCCCAGAGACUUGGUGACUUCUGACGUCACAGACACCAGUUUUGCCGUGUCGUGGUCCGCAGCUCCGGGUAGAGUCCGACUGUACCGGGUCACGUGGAAGUCCCUGUAUUCAGAGGAGAGCGGAGAGAAGUCAAUCCAAGGAAGCCUCACUGAGACUGUUCUGCAAGGACUGACUCCAGAGACACGCUACCAAGUCUCUGUCUACGCCGCAUAUGGGCAUGGAGAGGGCCAGCCACUAGUGGGAGAGGAGACCACAGACAUCUCAGCCAAUGCCCGAACCAUAGUUGUGUCAGAGGAGACAGAGAAAAGCAUGAAGGUGACAUGGCAACCUGCACCUGGGAAUGUGCUCAACUACCGCGUUACCUAUAAACCCAAGGCCGGAGGACGCCAGCUGGCAGCCAAAGCUCCUGGUGGCACAACCUCCACUGUACUCCGACGCCUCACCCCCCUCACCACCUACGAAAUACAAGUGAUCCCAGUCUACCGAUCUGGGGAGGGCAAAACAAGGCAGGGCGAAGGAACCACAUUGUCACCUUACAAAGGCCCCAGAAAUCUUCAGACAUCAGAACCAACCAGGACCAGUUUCCGUGUAACCUGGGACCAUGCCCCAGGAGAUGUAAAAGGUUAUAAAGUCACUUUCCAUCCGCAGGGAGAGGACAUUAACUUGGGUGAACUGAUGGUUGGGCCCUAUGACAACACAGUAGUGCUAGAGGAGUUGAGAGGUGAUACUACCUACACAGUGAAUGUAUUUGGCAUGUUUGAAGGAGGAGAGAGCAUGCCUUUAGCUGGAAAGGAAACAACCACAAUGUCUGAUGGACCAGAGCCUCCUCCAUACUCAGGAGAUGUUCAGUGCAGGACCACAGCACAGGCUGACAUUGUGCUGUUAGUGGAUGGGUCCUGGAGUAUUGGACGUCUCAACUUCAAGACCAUUCGUGCCUUCAUUGCUCGUGCAGUGGGAGUGUUCGACAUUGGCCCUGACAGAGUCCAGAUUGGUCUUGCCCAGUACAGCGGUGACCCCAAAACUGAGUGGCAUCUGGAUGCACACAGGACCCGCGAGUCACUCUUGGAGGCUGUGGCUAACCUUCCCUAUAAAGGAGGCAACACCUUAACUGGUUUGGCCCUGAACUACAUUCUGCAGAACAAUUUCAAGGAGAAUGUUGGGAUGAGACCGAAUGCAAGAAAGAUUGGAGUGUUGAUCACUGACGGCAAGUCCCAAGACGAUGUCAUUGUCAACUCUCAAAACCUGCGAGAUAAUGGAAUAGAGCUCUACGCUAUUGGUGUGAAGAAUGCUGAUGAGAAUGAACUGAGGUCCAUUGCCACUGACCCAGAUGAGAUUCACAUGUACAAUGUGGCUGACUUCUCCUUCCUGUUGGACAUUGUGGACAGCCUCACAGAAAACCUCUGUAACAGUGUCAAGGGACCAGGAGGCCCACCUGAUGCCCCCACUGACCUGGUGACCUCAGAGGUGACCCACCAGUCGUUCCGUGCCUCUUGGACUGGUCCAGAGGGUCCAGUGGAGAAGUACCGUGUGGAAUACAUGACACUGUCUGGUCGCCCUCAACAAGUGUUUGUGGAUGGCACUGAGACCACAGUGGUACUACAGGGCCUUAACCCUUUGACAGAGUACCUGGUGAAUGUCUAUGCCAUUGUGGGAGAGGAGAGCAGUGACCCUCUGAAAGGAACUGAAACCACAUUGUCCCUGCCUGCUGUGAGAAACAUGAACAUUUAUGAUGAGCAGACCACCACCAUGCGUGUGCGAUGGGAGGAGGCUGAGGGAGCCACUGGCUAUAUGCUGCUGUACAGUGCCAUCAAUGCUACAAGGCCCACCACGGAGCUGGAGAUGAGAGUCGGAGGGGAAAUGACAGAUGUCCAGCUGGAGCGAUUGCUCCCCAACACAGCCUAUACUCUGUCCCUGUUUGCUCUGCAUGGGGAAGCAGCCAGCGAACCUCUGACCCAGCAAGGAGUGACCUUGCCUCUGCCUCUUGCGGGAGAGCUGAAGGUUCGGGACAUUACCCACAGCACGAUGAGGCUGAUCUGGGAUGCUGCCCCUGGUCCUGUCCGCAGAUACAUGAUCACAUACAAACCUGAAGAGGGAGAUCCUAAGGAACUUGAAGUUGAUGGAAGUGUGACUACCAAAGUAUUAGAAAAUCUGAUGUCUCAGACUGAAUAUGCCCUGUCUGUAACUCCAGUUUAUGAUGAGGGUAUGAGUCCGUCGAUGCCAGGAGUGGGUAUUACAGAACCUGUUCCUGCACCAAAGAACCUGCGUUUCUCAGAAGUCACUCAGACCAGCUUCAGGGCGACCUGGGAGCAUGGAGCCCCAGAUGUGGCUUUGUAUCGUAUUGGAUGGACAAAGAAGGGAGACUCCAACCUCCAAUAUGCAAUUCUUAACAACGAUGAAACCACCCAUGUUCUGGAGAACCUAGAGCCAGACACUCCUUAUGAUGUGUCUGUUACAGCCAUCUACCCUGAUGAGUCCGAGAGCGAGGAUCUGCUGGGCACUGAGAGAACAUUGCGCAGAGGCGCUGUCCCAUCCCCAAAUGCACCACCGACAAACUUAGUGGUAUUCAAUGAGACAACCACCAGUCUGAAUGCUCGGUGGAACCCAGCUGCCGGCCGCGUUCAGAACUACAGGAUCACCUUUGUCCCCACAUCUGGAGGCAGAAGUCAGACAACCCAAGUUGGAGGGAAGAAGACUACUGUGCUGCUUCCGAAGCUCACCCCUGACACAGAGUACGCCAUCACUGUGGUGGCAGUCUAUGCCAAAGGAGUGAGUGGAGAACUCAAUGGCCUUGGCAGGACCAAACCUUUGGGUGGAGUCAGGAAUCUACGUGUCACUGAUCCCACCACCAGCACUCUGAAUGUCCAAUGGGAGGCAGCUGAGGGUCCCGUGCGCCAGUAUAGGGUCUUCUAUGUCCCUGAAGCUGGAGGAGAUGAAGAAAUGGUUCAGGUGUCUGGCAGCACAUACAGCACUGUCUUAAAAAAUUUGCAGCAAGAUACUGUCUACAAAGUGACGGUGGCCCCUGUCUACUCUGCCGGAGAGGGCCAGCGCAUGUCUGAGAACGGCAAAACAUUGGCACGCGGCCCAGUCAGGAACAUCCAGGUUUUCAACCCCACCACCAACACUCUGAAUGUGCGCUGGGAGGCAGCUACAGGCCCAGUGCUACAGUACAGGGUGGUCUACUCCCCUGUGACUGGUGCCAGGCCAGCUGAGUCUAUUGUAGUACCAGGGACCACCACUACCACUUUGCUGCAGCAGCUGAUCCCUGACACCGACUACAACGUGGGCGUGGUUGCCCUCUAUGCGGAUGGAGAGGGACCUGCAGUUAGUGAUGCUGGAAAGACACUUCCCCGAAGUGGUCCCAGGAACUUGCAAGUGUAUGACCCCACCACCAGCUCUCUGUCUGUGACCUGGGAACACGCUCAAGGUCCUGUCAUGGAGUACCGCAUCACAUAUGCCCAGAAAACAGGAGAUCCUAUUGAGGAGUUUACUACCGUACCAGGAAAUAGGAACAGUGUUGUGCUUCAAAACUUAGAUCCUGAUACUCCUUAUAACAUUAAAGUGACUGCAAUCUACGCUGAUGGACCAGGAGGAGAGCUGGAAGGAGAUGGACGCACAGUGGGCAUGCUCGGCCCAAGGAACCUGCGUGUUUCUGAUGAGUGGUACACGCGGUUUAGGGUGUCCUGGGAUCCUGCUCCUUCCAGAGUGACUGGAUACAAACUUAUCUACCAGCCUGAGGGUUCUGAUGAGUCCCAGGAGGUAUUUGUUGGAGACGUGACAACCCACCAACUGCACAAUCUCCAACCAGGAACCACCUAUGACCUCAAAGUGCUGGCACAGUACAGCACAGGGAUUAGUGAGCCUUUGGUAGGACAGGGCACAACAUUGUACCUGAAUGUAACCGACUUGACCACCUACAAUGUUGGGUAUGAUUCUUUCUGCCUUCGUUGGGCUCCACACCGCGCAGCUACCUCAUACAGGCUUAAAGUUAACCCAUUUGACACUUCUAAAUCUGGUGCCCAAGAGAUCACAGUCAGAGGCUCAGAAAGCACACACUGUUUUGAUGGGCUGACUCCUGACACUCUGUACAAUGCUACAGUUUACACUCAGACCCCUAACUUGGAGGGCCCGGGAGUCAGCGUCAAGGAGAGGACAUUGGUGAAGCCAACUGAGAUGCCCACAGAACCCCCUCCCCCGCCGACCCCUGCGACUGUCCCACCUGCUCUGGAUGUUUGCAAGGGUGCUAAGGCAGACCUUGUGUUCCUUAUUGAUGGCUCUUGGAGUAUUGGAGAUGAGAGCUUUGCCAAAGUGAUCCAGUUUGUAACAAGCAUGACAGGAGCAUUUGAGGAGAUUAGUCCUAAAGGCAUGCAGGUUUCAUUUGUGCAGUACAGCGACGAUGCCAAGACAGAGUUCAAACUAAACACAUAUCAUGAUAAGGGCAUAGUGCUGUCAGCUUUGCAGAAUGUGCGCUACAGAGGAGGGAAUACCAAAACUGGUGUUGCUCUGAAGCAUGUCUAUGAAAAGGUCUUCACCUCUGACAGUGGCAUGAGGAGAAAUGUGCCUAAGGUGCUGGUGGUGGUCACAGAUGGAAGAUCACAGGAUGAGGUCAAAAAGAGUGCUGAGAAACUGCAGCAUUCUGGCUACAGUGUGUUUGUGGUGGGUGUGGCUGAUGUGGACAUGUCUGAGCUGAGACAAAUUGGCAGCAAACCAAGUGAAAGACACGUGUUUGUGGUCGACGAUUAUGAUGCUUUUGCAAAGAUCCAGGAUAACCUGAUUACCUUCAUUUGUGAAACAGCCACUUCCACUUGCCCUCUGAUUUACAUCAAUGGCUUCACCACACCUGGCUUCAGGAUGCUGGAGGCUUUCAACAUCACCGACCGCACAUUUGCUGGAAUGAAUGGCGUGUCGAUGGAGCCUGGUUCCUUUAACAGCUACAUCGCAUACCGGCUUCACAAAGAUUCCUUCCUAAACCAGCCCACCAAGGAGAUCCAUCCGGAGGGUCUUCCCCCAGCUUACACCAUCAUCCUCCUCUUCCGGCUGCUCCCUGACACUGGAUCCGAGCCGUUUGACAUCUGGCAGAUUUCUGACAAGAACAACAACCCGGAGGUCGGCCUCACUGUCAACCCUUCAAGCAAAACAAUCUCAUUCUACAACAAGGACACCCGAGGAGAAAUUCAGAAAGCCGUUUUCAAUGAGGACCAAGUUAAGAGGGUCUUCCAUGGCAGUUUCCAUAAGCUCCACAUCACUGUCUCUCCGGAGAAAGUCAAGUUGAAUGUGGACUGCCAAGCGGUGGCAGAGAAGCCCAUCAAGGAGGCCAACAACAUCACUCUGGAAGGCUAUGAAGUGCUUGGCAAACUGGUCAAGUCUGGAGGAGGAAAGAGGCAGUCAGCAACAUUCCAGCUCCAGAUGUUUGACAUUGUCUGCAGCCUGAGUUGGAUCAGCCGAGACAAAUGCUGCGAUCUGCCAGCCACAAGAGAUGAGGCCAAGUGUCCAUCCCUGCCCCACUCCUGCACAUGCACACAAGACAGCAUUGGCCCACAAGGGCCUCCUGGACCAUCGGGAAGCCCAGGUACAAAGGGACCACGGGGAGAUAGAGGAGACUCAGGUCCUCCGGGUCCUAUGGGUCCACGAGGUGAACAAGGACUUCCAGGCACAAUGGGACCACCUGGCCCACAAGGGCCAAACGGACUGUCUCUACCUGGUGAACCAGGACGACAAGGACCAAAGGGAGAUCCAGGAGCCCCAGGCCUGCCUGGUCUUCAAGGGCCUCCAGGGCCACGGGGUCCUCUAGGCCCAGUUGGACCGAGCGGCGCACGGGGCCCACCAGGAAAGGAGGGACAGUCUGGCCCCCGAGGUCCUCCCGGGCCCAUGGGAAACCCUGGAAACCCUGGUGUACCUGGAAUUACUGGAAAACCUGGAAAACCUGGAGACCCAGGAAGUCCAGGCCCUGCUGGUAUUAAAGGAGAAAAAGGAGAGAGGGGAGACUUUGCUUCUCAAAACAUGAUGCGAUCAAUUGCCAGACAAGUUUGUGAGCAGCUUGUCAAUAGUCAGAUGAGCCGUAUUGACCACUUGAUCAACCAGAUCCCCUCUGGAUACAACAGCCGCACAGCCGGACCACCAGGUCCUCCGGGUCCUCCCGGGGACCAAGGGAAUAGAGGCGAGCCAGGACAGCCUGGGAGACCAGGUUUUCCAGGAAGUCCAGGUUUACCUGGAAACCAGGGUGAAAGAGGUUUGCCAGGAGAGAAGGGAGAGAGAGGUUCUCCAGGAACUGGCAUGCGAGGACAAAGAGGCGCUAAUGGGCCACCAGGUCCACCAGGCGAGUCCAGGACGGGAUCCCCAGGUUCUCCUGGCUCUUCUGGAGCUCGUGGUCCUCCGGGUCGGCAAGGUACUCCCGGAGUGAGGGGACCACCCGGACCACCUGGAUACUGCGACUCUUCCCAGUGUGUUGGCAUUCCUUACAAUGGACAAGGAUAUACAGCUACCCGCUUCCAGCCUGCACCUGACGUAGUGCCUUUACCUGUGGAGCCCGAGGCAGAGUUUGAGACAAUAGAUUCAUCUGAUUUCUCACAAAGGAGAAAGAGAUCGCUACACCGGGGUAAUGCAAAGAGAUCAUAGCUUUUUUGGUCCAAGUUCUCAAAGGGAAAUAUGUAAAAAAGUGUUGAAGAAACAAUCUAGUACUUAUGGGUUUGAUACCCCUGGCUAUGUUGAACAUAUAUAUAUUUUUUGACAUGAGAAAGUUACAUACCAAACUGCAACCUGUGUGUCUCUGUGUUCAUAUAUGUGUCAGCUUGUAAUAUAAAAGCAAUUGUUCAUUCGACUUCAUCCUGUGCUGCACUAAACCAGCUAAAAGUAUGCUAUAGUACCGAGUGUAUGUUUAUGGACAUUUUCAAAUAUUCCAUCCCCAAAAGACAAUUUUUUAAAGAUUUUCUGAAUGUUUUCUACGGUCAGUAAUGACAUUUGUUCAUGCAUUUUCUCUUGCCAACAUGGGCUUGCAUGUGUAUAUUUACUGAGGAUUUCCAAGUCCAAAUGUAAUUGUUGUUUUUUGCCGUGCAGUACGAUUUGGUUUGCGACACUAUCCAAUAGCUGUUCUAAUGUUUUGACUGCACAUUUUGUGAAUUCCACACAGCCUUAUUUUCUUAUUUAUUUCAGAAACAGAGAGGCAUUUUUCAAUAAAACUACUGAAAAACUACAAAA